CUGGGUGAUUGAUUGUACAUACUUCCUGCUCAGGGCUGGGCAGCCACACUAGACGCAGGCUGGGGACACAGGAGAGCUCCAGGCCCAGAAAGGGCCCAGGACAAGACGAUGGCCAGUGAGGGCACAGACCUCAGCACCAGUGUCCUUUCCCCCUAGGAUGUCUGCAGAAAACAUUGCACUCUGCCACUUCAAAAAACAGAAAGUUGCAAUUUCAAAUAUAAUAAAAGCAUCAUUUCCUUUCCUUGAACUUCUCCGUGACUGUGGAUUCAUCGACAAUAAACUAUAUAAAAAAUCUAAGAAAUGUUUUGAAACAUCCAGUUCUCAAAAUGAAGUCAUAUACAAUGUUCUCGGUGAAGUGGAGAAGACAUUUAACCUGUCCCUUCUGAAAGCAUUGUUCAGCAAGGACAUCAUGGAAACCUACCCUGGUUUAAAGGAUAUUUAUGAAACCUUCAAAAAAGAGAUACCAAACAUAGAACUGUUCCUAAGAAAUGAUGGAGAAGAAAAUGAGAAGAGGCGUGAUAUCCAAGAGAGUCUUGAACAAGGUACUGUGGAUUUUGGAAACAACUCCAUUUCAGGAAAAACCAAGAAGAGAAAAAGAACAACAAUGCACACAGAUGACACUGUGAAUUUUAAUGCUGAAAUACUUCCUGUGACCUGUGGGAAGAUGAUGGGCAUGUUAAUUAAGAGAAAAUUGCAACGAGGAGCCACAGUGAAGUGUAUAAGGACAGAGGAUGGAAAUUGGUUCACCCCAAAGGAAUUUGAAGUGGAAGGAGGCUAUGAAAAAUCAAGUCACUGGAGGAUGAGCGUGUGCUGCGGUGGGAGACCCCUAAAAUGGCUGAUAGAGAAUGCACAUCUACCUGAACCUCCACGUGACAGAGAGAAAAAGCCGGAAAACGCAGAGAAAUGCAAGAUCUGUGGGGAUGAAGGAAAGCUCUUCAAAUGCAGUUUUUGUCUCAUCUUCUUUCAUGAGUACUGUCACAUCCCACCUGUGGAACCUGAGAGGAAGGAUUGGAUAUGUACCUUCUGCAUAACAGAAGUGUCUUCAGGAAGUCAGCAGCAUGCCAGCUAUUCUGAGGUCCUGGCAAGACGGAUGGGGCCCAAAGAGAAGUCGAAUUGUGUGUUCCUCCUCCUAAAGCUCUACUGUCAUUUAGAGGGCAACAUUUUUCGGAAUAUUCCACAUGAACAUUAUGUUCAAAAGGCUUCUCAAUGCCUAGAGACACUUAGGACAUUGGAUGAAAUCAAGAAUAAACUAAAUGGAGGAUGUUAUACCAAAGUGAAGGGGUUUGUGCUUGGCAUGAACAACAUCUUUCAGGAUCCUAAGCGCUAUGGCUCAGUUCUAACAGAAGAAGAAUUCAAGAAGUAUUUCAAAGACGUCUUUGUUAUUCAGUAAACAAAUCAGAAGAGUUCACUGGUAGUGGAUGCUGUUGAUACCCUGGAAAAUCCCGCUUUCAGGCAGAUUUCUCAUCCCCCAGCUGCUAUGAGCAUUGGCUGCUCAUGCCAUCUCUCCCCAGUGUAUCACUAUGGGCCAAAUGUAGACAGAUUCACUCAACGGUUAAAUCUCUUUGUGAUGGGUGUUGGUUCCCAGCACUAAGGUUGAACCAACCAUGUGGAGUGAUUCGUGUUCCUGUGCCCCCAUAGCUGAGCUAGUCUCCAGCUAUGACCACAUCCUUGCUUUGCAUUUCCCAGCACAGUGACCUGCUUCCCUUAUCCCUCCUCCUCCUGAGAAAAUUCUCACAAUAAAUCACUGACUAAAGAGA